AGACGCGUUCAAUACGUGAAGAAGAAAAUUCAUAAAAUUAGCACAGAUAUAAUUUCGAUUUACUUGUAACGCGCAUUCCACGCAUAUUUAACGUCUCAUUCGCGCUUUGUGCAUUUAAUAACCACGCAUUCUACAAAAGAAAAAUCGAUUUGAUAAAAUGGCUGGAGGCAAAGCAGGCAAAGAUUCUGGCAAGGCAAAAGCAAAGGCUGUAUCGCGUUCAGCUCGCGCGGGUCUUCAGUUCCCCGUUGGUCGUAUCCAUCGCCAUCUGAAGAGUCGUACCACAUCCCAUGGUCGUGUCGGUGCCACUGCAGCUGUGUACUCUGCAGCCAUUUUGGAAUACCUGACCGCCGAGGUUCUGGAAUUGGCAGGCAAUGCAUCGAAAGACUUGAAAGUCAAGCGUAUCACACCCCGUCAUUUGCAGCUCGCCAUUCGCGGUGACGAGGAACUGGACAGUCUAAUUAAGGCAACUAUUGCUGGCGGUGGCGUCAUUCCGCACAUACACAAGUCUCUCAUUGGCAAGAAAGAAGACACUGUGCAGGAUCCGCAGCGAAAGGGCAAUGCCAUUAUUUCGCAGGCUUAUUAAAUAAUUAAUUACCAACUAUUUUUGACAUUUUCGAAAACGUUGCAUUAUAACAAUUAGGCGUGAAGCAGAAUUCAUUGAUCUAAGCAUCCGCCCCGAUCCCCACUCUGCCCACAAACACACGCAUUCACCAUACAUUAAAAAACUAAACGUUACAAGGAAGCAUACAUAUAAACUUAAUUGUCAGUGAGAAAUCGUUUUACACUUAUGCAAAAGAGAAGAAAACAAAUCUUAAUUUAGAGCAAAAUAAAUUACACAAAUAAAUUUAAUAAAAAUAAAAACAAACAACUAUUUA